UCCGUUUUCUCGUGUACUGUCUCUGUAAGAAUUAUUUAUUUUUGUCAAACUUUAAUCGUUAAAUGUUAAUUAUUAUUUUGUUAUUACAAUUAAACUUAAUACAAUAAAUACUAUUUAAACAUACAGUUUAUAUUGAUAGCGUUAAUCCAUCAAAUUUUGUAUUUUAUACAUAAGAUAUCACUAUACUAUUUAUUUGUUGAAAUUUAAUCUAAGAUUUCAAAAUGUGGGGCACCGGUGCAACGCAAGAUGAAGGUGGUUUCAACACCACAAUAAAUACGCAAAGUCCGGCCACCGGAUCUGGAGGAGAGUCGAAGCAAAUGAGUGUUAUUCCUGUAGCUAUUCGUCAAUUAUUAGAAAACAAUGAUGAAAACAAGAACGUCCAUGUUGUAGUUAUUGGUAUUAUUAAACAAGUGGAAACGCAAACACUGAAAAAUAUGUUUACAAUUGAAGACUGUACCGGCCGUUUGUUGUGCAUCCAAUGGGGCGACGAAAACGAAUUAGCUAGGUAUCCAAAAUUGAUUGAAAACACAUAUUUUAAAGUAGUUGGCAAUAAAAGAAUACAAAACGAUAAAGUUACAUUACUUUGUCACUGCGUACGUCCUUUGGACAGUCUCAACGAACUUACAUUUCAUUUGUUGAGCAUCAUUGCUUUGCCUUUACAAAAUGAAGAACUUAAUAUGACUCAGAUGAACAAUCCUGUUGGAAAUAUAAACAACAAAGAAUUAAAUUUCUCAAUAAAUGGAGAUAAUACUGGUGAUGCCUUUGGAUCGUCUAGUAACAGUUUGUCUUUGAACCCGAAACAGCUGAAGAUAUAUACAGUACUAAAACAGUGUCCAGAUGAAGCCGGUUAUACGUCAUCUGACAUACAAAAGAUACUUCCUGAAAAAAUAGCUUUGCCUGAGAUUGAAAAAAUUUUAGCGUUUUUCAUCGAGGAAGGUCAUAUUUUCUCUACCAUUGAUGAAAAUCAUUAUAAAGUCACUGAUUUUGGCAAUUGAACCUCAUUAUUAUUAUCUAUCCUAAUUAAGUUUUUAAAUGUCGCUGAUUUAUUUCUAUCUAUUUAUUAAUUAUAAUAAGCAUUCAUCAAGUUAAUAAAUAAAAAAAAAUAUGUUUUCCAAUUUUUAA